AUGUCUGAAGGGAUACAGGAAGGCAGAGGUCAUCAAAGAAGGAGAGAUGCUGAUAGAUGGGCUAGUGAUUCAGAGUCAGAGGGAGAAGAAGAACAAGUUGUUCAAAAAGAGGAAGAAGAGGUUAAAGAAGAAGUUGAACCAGUUGAUGAAGAUACAAAAGAAAGAGAGGAUUUUGCUAAAAGAUUGAUCGAAAAGGAUAAUAAAAGAGAUGUGGAAAGUAGUAGGAAUGAAGAUCAGGAUGUUAGUGAACUUCGUCAACUUGCUAGACAAAAAUAUUUAUCAAGAAGAGAACAAGAUCGUUUAAUAUUAUUAGAAAAGGAAGUUCAAAAUUUAGAACAAGAUGUUCAAGAAUAUGGAUGGGAAAAUUUAACACAAAGGGAAAGAGAUGAUAUAUCGCAUAAGAGAGAAGUUCUUGCAUUGAUCCAUGAAAGAAAACAAUUGGAAUCUGGUGAUAAUGGAUAUGCUCUCCCAGAAGAUUAUGUUAAUCAAGAUGGUAAAAUUGAUAGGAAAAGAAAAGAAGAUGCACUUUAUACUAAACAAAAAGAAGUUGGUAAAAUCUUGACAGAUCAUGAACAAUGGGAAAAUAAACAAGUUGGUCAAUAUAAAAAAUCUAAGAUUGUACAUCCUGAUGAAAUCGUUGCACCAAAUCAAGAAGAAUAUGAAUAUGUUUUCGAUGAUUCUCAAAAUAUUGAAUUUUUAUUAGAUGGACAAGGUGAAUCCUCCAAUCUAACACCUGAACAACAAUUAUUGGAGAAAAAAAUCAAAGAAGAAGAAAAAAGAAUUCAAAGUAUUGAUGAAGUAAGGAAAUCUUUACCUGUUUAUCAAUAUAGAACUGAAUUAUUAGAAGCUAUAAAGCAACAUCAAGUGUUGAUUGUUGUUGGUGAAACGGGGUCUGGUAAAACAACCCAAUUACCACAGUAUUUAUUUGAAGAUGGUUAUUCUUCCAAAGGAUUGAAAAUUGCUUGUACACAACCUCGUAGAGUUGCUGCUAUGUCUGUUGCUGCAAGAGUUGCUGAUGAAAUGGGUGUUAGAAUAGGCCAUGAAGUUGGUUAUUCUGUUAGAUUUGAUGACAAGACAAAUGAAAAAACAGUAGUUAAGUAUAUGACUGAUGGUAUGUUAUUAAGAGAAUUUUUAACAGAUCCAGAAUUAAGUGAUAUUUCUGCAUUAAUGAUUGAUGAAGCUCAUGAACGUACAUUAUCAACAGAUAUACUUUUCGGAUUAGUGAAAGAUAUUGCUAAACAUAGACCAGAUUUAAGACUAUUAAUCUCUUCAGCUACAAUGAAUGCAGAAAAAUUUAGUUCAUUUUUUGGAGGUGCACCAAUUUUUAAUAUUCCAGGUAGAAGAUUCCCUGUUGAUAUCCAUUAUACAACACAACCCGAAGCCAAUUAUAUUCAUGCUGCUAUAACAACAGUUUUCCAAAUUCAUACAUCUCAAGGUCCAGGUGAUAUUUUGGUUUUUCUGACGGGUCAAGAUGAAAUUGAAAGUAUGGCUGAAAAUUUAACAGAAACUUAUAAGAAAUUAGGUUCAAGGAUAAAAGAAAUGAUUAUUUGUCCAAUUUAUGCAAAUUUACCAUCUGAUUUACAACAACAAAUUUUCGAACCAACACCACCAAAUGCUCGUAAAGUUGUUUUAGCAACAAAUAUUGCAGAAACUUCAAUUACUAUUGAUGGUGUUGUUUAUGUUAUUGACCCAGGGUUUGUUAAAGAGAAUGUUUAUAAUCCAAGUACUGGUAUGGAAUCACUUGUUGUAACUGCAUGUUCAAGAGCUUCAGCAGAUCAAAGAGCUGGUAGAGCUGGUAGAGUUGGUCCAGGGAAAUGCUUUAGAUUAUUCACAAAAUGGGCUUAUUUUAAUGAAUUACCUGCAAAUCCAACACCAGAAAUUUUAAGAACAAAUUUAGCAAGUGUUGUAUUACUACUAUUAUCACUAGGGAUUAAUGAUUUAAUACAUUUUGAUUUUAUGGAUUCACCUGCCACAGAAACUCUUAUGAAGGCAUUAGAAUUAUUAUAUGCAUUAGGCGCAUUAAAUGGUAAAGGUCAAUUAACUAAAUUAGGUAGACAAAUGGCAGAAUUUCCUACAGAUCCAAUGCUUGCUAAAUCAUUAUUAUCAAGUGAAAAAUAUAAAUGUACAGAUGAAGUAUUAUCAAUUAUAUCAAUGUUGGGAGAAUCAUCUGCAUUAUUUUUCAGACCUAAAGAUAAAAAAUUAUUAGCAGAUACAGCAAAAGAUUCAUUUACUAAAGAAAGUGAUCAUUUAACAUUAUUAGAAAUUUUUAAUCAAUGGAUUGAUUCUGAUUAUUCAUCUCAAUGGUGUCAUGAUAAUUUCUUACAAUAUAAAUCAUUACAACGUGCAAGAAAUGUUAGAGAUCAAUUAGAAAGAUUAUGUGAUCGAGUUGAAAUUAUGGUUAAUUCAAAAAAUAAUCAACAAGAUAACGAACACAAGUCAGAUAAAGAAUUAUCAAUAAAUAUAAAUAAAGCAUUGGCAUCUGGAUUUUUCCCCAAUGCAGCUAGAUUAUCUAAAAUGGGUGAUAAUUAUAGAUCAUUGAAAAAAAAUCAAACAGUUUAUAUUCAUCCAUCUUCAGUUCUUUAUAAAGUUAAACCACCACCAAAGUUAGUAAUUUAUAAUGAAUUAGUAUUAACAAGUAAAGAAUUUAUGAGAAAUUGUUUACCAAUUCAAGAAAAGUGGUUAGCAGAAUUAGCACCACAUUAUUUUAAUACAAAAGAAUUAGAUGAAAUGGAAUCAAAUUCAAGAAAGAUGCCAAAAAUGAGGAAAUGA